ACACACACACACAUACAUACAUAAAAGAGAGUCACUGAAUAGUAACUGAAAGAGGACAAAGACAGAGCUCUGAGACUGAAAGAGAAACACUGCAGAGAUUAAGAGAGGGAGGGAGACACACACACACACACACACACACAGAGUUCUGUAACACUGUAUGAUGAAGUAAAGGGUUUUCGGUGCUAUGGGGCACACUGACGGCAAGAUGUUGUAAACACAACAGAAGUGGAUGAACCGGACGGAACUAAACGCACACACACACACACACGCGCACUGAAGUUACAGUGAGGACUUGACACUGAGUGUGAUGUCCCGACAAAGCUGGGGGUUCUCCUCUUUGCGCCUGAAGAGUAAACCUUCUUCAGAGGACACAAAUGCGUUUCAGAGGAGAGGGAAACUUUUUUCCUCUCUCAGAGAGGAUCGCAGGCGACAACUGUCCAGCGUUUCUGAAGACGGCCAUGCUGCCGAAGAAAGAAAACAAAAUGCCUCAUCUGAGAAAGAAUCAGAGAGCGCUAAAGGUACCGCCUUCCUGGGUGAGGAUGAGGAGCAGGACAGAGGGGCGAUGAAGAGGCUCAGCACCAUGUGGAUGUCCGUCAGGGGCAAAAUGAGCCGAGACAGAGGUCACAGAGAGCCGGAGUCUCCCCUGAGCCCAGAUCCGGGUCCCGUGGACGCGCAGCAGAGAGAGCCGCGCUACGCCAGCGGGCAGUUCUUCUUCGAGUACCUGGUGGUGGUCAGCCUUAAAAAAAACAAAACUGGCACGUACGAGCCCCAGAUAUCAUACCAGUUCCCCAAGAGGGAUGGCAUGGUCCGUUUUCAGAAGGAGGAGGAGGAGAAGACGCUGAAGGCCAUCACACUCUUCUGUUUUCCAGAAGGCAUUAACUGGGCGCCACUGACUGAAUAUUCCAGUGAGACGUUCUCGUUCGUCCUGACCGAGGUGGACGGCAGCAGGAGGAACGGUUACUGCCGCAGGCUGCUGCCUCAUGGUAACGGCGCUCGCCCCCCAGAGGCCUACUGCAUCAUCAGUAAAGUGGCCUGUUUUGGGCUUUUCUCAAAGAUCUUUGACGAGGUGGAGAAGAGGCGUCAGAUCUCCAUGGCGAUGAUCUACCCGUUCAUGCAGAGUCUGCGGGAGGCCCCGUUUCCUGCUCCAGGAAACACAGUGCAGAUCAAGAGCUUCAUCCCCGACUCCGGCACUGAGAUCAUCAGUCUGACACGCCCCACAGAGUCAUGGUUGGAGCACGUGGAUUUCCGCACCUUGUUUCAGUGUUUAUCAGAUGAAGAAGUGCUGCAGGUCUUCGCUGCUACAGUGUUGGAGCGCAGAAUCGUCUUUAUCGCUGAGGAGCUGGGGACAUUGUCCCAGGUCAUCCACGCUGUCUCCGUCCUGCUCCACCCCUUCAUCUGGCAGCACACACUCAUCUCCAUCGUGCCUGAGAUCCUGAUUGACGUCGUCAUGGCGCCCACGCCGUACCUGCUGGGGGUUCAGAAGCGCCUGGCUGAUGAGGUCAUCGAUCAGGGUGAUCUCCUGGCUGUUGAUUUGUCAGAAGGUCGAAAGGAAACGUUCAUCAGACGAAUUGGAGAUGAGGACUCGAUUCUGCCACACAAACUGAAGGAGGAGAUUCUACAGGCUCUGAGGAGCAGGAGCGAGAAAGCCAGUCUGGAGGAGCUCAACCGCAUCGUCCCCGAAGCCUUCCUGCCGUUUUUCAUCAAAACUGUCGGCCAUUUUUCCAAACACUUGGUGCGGAACGGCGCCGACGCCCCGGCGCACUUCCACAAGAGGAACUUCUGCAAAGCCAUCGAGUCCAAAAGCACUCGACAUUUCGUCAAGAAGUUUGUACAGUCGCAGAUGUUUGACCUUUUUAUCCAGGAAGUGGAGCAGAGACCCGCCUCCGAGAAAGGUUACUUUGAGCAAAAGAUCUCGGAGUAUCACAGGAAGAUGCGAGAGAAAGCAAAGAAACACUAAAACUUGUAAAAAAUAUACAGAAGCUGGAUGUUAAAUAAUUAUAUAGAAUGUAGAUAAAAUGAUUAUUUAUCUUUUGGUUUUAUUGUAAAUUGGGGAAUGUGUGUGUAAUGAAUUAUUUUAAAAUUUGUAUUUUAAUACUAGGUCCUUGUGUGUGUGUGUGUGUGCGCGUGUGUGUGUGUGAUGAUAUUUUAGUUUUAGAUUUUGGUCAUAAUUUUUUUAAUUAUUAGCACAAGGUUUAAAAAAAAUCUGAGCCAGAAUUUAAAUAAAAACUUUUCUUAGGUCUAA